GGACCCCGCCGAUGGAGGCCGAGGUGCUGCAGGCGCCCCUGCUGGGGCUGGGAGAGGAGGACGAGCCCGACCUCACCGACUGGAACCUGCCCUUGGCCUUCAUGAAGAAGAGGCAUUGCGAGAAGAUCGAGGGCUCCAAGUCCCUGGCCCAGAGCUGGCGGAUGAAGGACCGGAUGAAGACAGUCAGCGUGGCCUUAGUCUUGUGCCUGAAUGUCGGUGUGGACCCUCCAGAUGUGGUGAAGACCACACCCUGUGCACGCCUGGAGUGCUGGAUUGAUCCUCUGUCCAUGGGUCCUCAGAAAGCUCUGGAAACCAUCGGUGCGAACUUGCAGAAGCAGUACGAGAACUGGCAGCCUCGGGCCCGCUACAAGCAGAGCCUCGACCCGACUGUGGACGAGGUGAAGAAGCUGUGCACGUCCCUGCGCCGGAACGCCAAGGAGGAACGGGUCCUCUUCCACUACAACGGCCACGGGGUGCCCCGGCCCACGGUCAACGGCGAGGUCUGGGUCUUCAACAAGAACUACACGCAGUACAUCCCACUGUCUGUGUACGACCUGCAAACAUGGAUGGGCAGCCCCUCCAUCUUCGUCUAUGACUGCUCCAAUGCCGGCCUCAUCGUCAAGUCCUUCAAGCAGUUUGCUCUGCAGCGGGAGCAGGAGCUGGAGGUGGCUGCCAUCAACCCCAACCACCCACUGGCGCAGAUGCCUUUGCCCCCAUCCAUGAAGAACUGCAUCCAGCUGGCCGCCUGCGAGGCCCACGAGCUCCUGCCCAUGCUGCCUGACCUGCCGGCCGACCUCUUCACGUCCUGCCUCACCACCCCCAUCAAGAUCGCGCUGCGCUGGUUUUGCAUGCAAAAAUGUGUCAGGCUCGUGCCCGGAGUCACACUGGACCUGAUAGAAAAAAUCCCCGGGCGGCUCAAUGACAGGAGGACGCCACUGGGUGAGCUCAACUGGAUUUUCACAGCCAUCACGGACACCAUCGCCUGGAAUGUGCUUCCCCGGGAUCUCUUCCAGAAGCUCUUCCGACAGGACCUGCUCGUGGCAAGUCUGUUUCGAAAUUUUCUGCUGGCCGAGAGGAUCAUGAGGUCAUACAACUGUACGCCAGUCAGCAGCCCCCGACUUCCCCCAACAUACAUGCAUGCCAUGUGGCAAGCCUGGGACCUGGCCGUGGACAUCUGUCUGUCACAGCUGCCAACCAUCAUUGACGAAGGCACCGCGUUCAGGCACAGCCCGUUCUUCGCGGAGCAGCUGACCGCCUUCCAGGUGUGGCUCACCAUGGGAGUGGAGAACAGGAGCCCUCCCGAGCAGCUCCCCAUUGUCCUGCAGGUGCUGUUGAGCCAGGUGCACCGGCUGCGAGCCUUGGACCUGCUGGGAAGAUUCCUGGACUUGGGCCCAUGGGCAGUGAGCCUGGCCCUGUCAGUUGGCAUCUUCCCCUACGUGCUGAAGCUGCUCCAGAGCUCAGCCCGGGAGCUGCGCCCCCUCCUCGUCUUCAUCUGGGCCAAGAUCCUCGCCGUGGACAGCUCAUGCCAGGCGGACCUCGUCAAGGACAACGGGCACAAGUACUUCCUGUCGGUCCUGGCAGACCCUUACAUGCCGGCUGAGCAUCGGACCAUGACCGCUUUCAUCCUCGCCGUGAUUGUCAACAGCUACAACACCGGGCAGGAAGCCUGCCUGCAGGGGAACCUGAUCGCCCUCUGCCUGGAGCAGCUCAGCGACCCCCACCCCCUGCUGCGCCAGUGGCUGGCCAUCUGCCUGGGCAGGAUCUGGCACAACUUCGACUCGGCCCGCUGGUGCGGGGUGCGGGACAGCGCACACGAGAAACUUUACAGCCUCCUCUCCGACCCCAUCCCUGAGGUGCGCUGUGCAGCCGUCUUUGCUCUGGGCACCUUUGUGGGCAACUCUGCUGAGAGGACAGACCACUCCACCACCAUCGACCACAACGUGGCCAUGAUGCUGGCCCAGCUGAUCAAUGAUGGCAGCCCCAUGGUGCGGAAGGAGCUGGUGGUUGCCCUGAGUCACCUCGUGGUGCAGUAUGAGAGCAACUUCUGUACCGUGGCCCUGCAGUUCAUGGAAGAGGAGAAGAACUAUCCCUUGCCUUCUCCCGCUACCACAGACGGCGGCAGUUUGACACCAGUGCGGGAAGGCCCGUGCACCCCCAGGCUUCGUUCCGUGAGCUCCUACGGAAAUAUCCGCGCGGUCACCACUGCCAGGAACCUCAACAAGUCGCUGCAGAAUCUGAGCUUGACCGAAGAAGCAGGCGGCUCGGUGGCCUUCUCCCCCGGCAACCUCAGCACCAGCAGCAGUGCCAGCAGCACCCUGGGCAGCCCCGAGAAUGAGGAGUACAUCCUGUCCUUCGAGACCAUUGACAAGAUGCGCCGCGUGAGCUCCUACUCUUCCCUCAACUCCCUCAUUGGGGUGUCCUUCAACAGCGUCUAUACCCAGACGUGGAGAGUCCUGCUGCACCUGGCCGCUGACCCCUACCCCGACGUCUCCGACCUGGCCAUGAAGGUGCUCAACAGCAUCGCCCACAAGGCCACGGUGAACGCCCGGCCCCAGCGCAUUCUGGAUGCAUCUUCACUCACGCAGUCGGCCCCCGCUAGCCCUACCAACAAGGGCGUGCACAUCCACCAAGUGGGCGGCUCCCCGCCGGCAUCCAGUGCCAGCAGCUCCAGCCUGACCAACGACGUGGCCAAGCAGCCAGGCAGUCGCGAGCUGCCCUCCGGCCGGCCAAGUACCACAGGUUCCGUGGCUGCGCAGUACACCCCCCACUCCCACCAGUUUCCCCGGACACGGAAGAUGUUCGACAAGGGCCCCGAUCAGACCGCGGAUGAUGGGGACGAGGCUGCCGGACACAAGAACUUCAUCUCCGCCACCAUGCAGACGGGCUUCUGCGACUGGAGUGCCCGCUACUUCGCCCAGCCUGUCAUGAAGAUCCCAGAAGAACAUGACCUGGAGAGCCAGACGCGCAAGGAGAGGGAGUGGCGGUUCCUGCGCAACGCCCGCGUCAGGAAGCAGGCACAGCAGGUGGUCCAGAAAGGCAUCACAAGAUUGGACGACCAGAUCUUUCUCAAUAGGAACCCCGGCGUCCCCUCUGUGGUCAGAUUCCACCCCUUCACGCCGUGCAUAGCCGUGGCUGACAAGGACAGCAUCUGCCUCUGGGACUGGGAGAAGGGAGAGAAACUGGAUUACUUCCAUAACGGAAACCCUCGGUACACUAGAGUCACGGCCAUGGAGUACCUCAACGGCCAGGACUGCUCGCUCCUGCUCACGGCCACAGAUGAUGGGGCCGUCAGGGUCUGGAAGAACUUUGCUGACCUGGAGAAGAACCCCGAGAUGGUGACUGCGUGGCAGGGGCUAUCAGACAUGCUGCCAACCACGCGGGGGGCAGGGAUGGUGGUGGACUGGGAGCAGGAGACCGGCCUCCUCAUGAGCUCGGGGGACGUGCGAGUCGUCCGCGUCUGGGACACGGACCGUGAGAUGAAGGUGCAGGACAUCCCCACGGGUGCUGACAGCUGCGUGACAAGCCUGUCCUGUGACCCCCACCGCUCUCUCAUUGUGGCUGGCCUCGGUGACGGUUCCAUCCGCGUCUAUGACCGCAGGAUGGCGCUCAGUGAAUGCCGUGUCAUGACGUAUCGGGAGCACACGGCCUGGGUGGUUAAAGCCCACCUGCAGAAGCGCCCCGAGGGCCACAUCGUGAGCGUGAGCGUCAAUGGAGAUGUGCGCUUCUUCGACCCCCGGAUGCCCGAGUCGGUGAACGUGCUGCAGAUUGUGAGAGGCCUCACGGCACUGGACGUCCACCCCGAGGCUGGCCUGAUUGCCUGCGGCUCCAUGAACCAGUUCACGGCCGUGUACAACAGCAACGGGGAACUGAUCAACAACAUCAAGUACUACGACGGCUUCAUGGGCCAGCGCGUCGGCGCCAUCAGCUGCCUCGCCUUCCACCCGCACUGGCCUCACCUGGCCGUCGGGAGUAACGACUACUACAUCUCCGUGUACUCGGUGGAGAAGCGCGUCAGAUAGCGGAGCCGGCGCCGGCACCCGUGUACAUAGUGCCCCGCCACGCCCCGCGGCUCCCACACCAGGGAGCCACCUGCCCAUGUGCAGCGGUGGCACCGGGACCUGCAACCCCAGCCCGGCAACGACUUCCUCCGGAGUGGACGGGGCUGGGCGGUCCUGGGCCCAGAGCGCGUGCGCCAGUGAACAGAGUGGACUUC